UUGUUGAGUAGCUAAUACAUCUUGAAUGUUUCUACAAUUAUAUCCAGUGAAUCAUGCCUCAUUAAAAUGAAUCCUGGUGAACAUGGUAUCUAGGAGGGUUUUUUCAAUCUAACGUAAUUUCCGAAGAAUCCCAACGAUCGAACAGGAAGAAGUUUCAGAGCGGUCUGUUAGAGAAAAUCGAUAUAUCGGAUGGUGUUUGUUUCAUUUUUGUGGAACGAUCGCUUAUCAUGAUGAGUAUCCCGUGUGCAACGAUGGUUUGCGGGCACCUAAUCGUAUUUACGGUGAUAUGUACGGUAUUCUUGUCCUCUGCUGACGGUGGUUGCUGCGAAUCGUACUGCUACAGCCAAGAUAGCGACCGUACUCAGUCGAAACAUUUUGCUACCAAAACAGCCUAUGAAUUGAUCCGAGCUACCUCUAACCGUGAACACGUAGUACCAAAUUGUAGACCAUCUAAGUUUUGGCUGCUAAGUCGACACGGGACGCGGCUGCCCGGCAAGAAGGACAUCGAAUCGCUGCCGCGAACAUUGUUGAAUCUACGUGAAUCAAUUCUGGACAACUAUGGAAUUCGACGAACGGCGCCGGACACUGGACGCAUGUGUCAAGAUGAUUUAGAACUUCUUCGCAAUUGGCGAUGGGACAGCAAUAUUACGACCGAUUACGAUUCAUUCCUGACGACUCAGGGUUGGAACGACCUAAAAUUUUUGGCGAAACGUGAACAAGAUCGUUUCUAUGAUGUUUUCACAGGAAAUUAUGAGAGAGAACACUAUUUGUUCCGCCAUACAAAGUCACAACGAACAGAGGCAAGUUUCAAAGCCUUUGUUGAGGGUUUGUUUGGUGAUGGGGCAUACAACAGUAUCGAACCGGAACCAGAGCCAAAUGACGACACCUUGUUGAAACCGUACGAAUUUUGCCCUGCUUAUGAUGCCAACAAGGACAAAAACAACUUACCAGACUCAGAACUGAACAAGUUCUUAAAAUCGCCUCUAUUUGUGCAAACUCUGGCAGACAUUUCCAUGAGAUUGGGUUUUCGGUAUAAUCUGAGCACCGAUCAAGUAGAAGCCAUGUGGAAUGGUUGCCGGUUCGAGCAAGCAUGGCACCUACAACAGUUGAGUCCCUGGUGCAGUGUGUUCACGAAAGAACAAGUCAAUGUACUUGAGUACAAAGAAGAUCUAAAGUAUUAUUAUCAAAAUAGUUACGGAUAUGAUAAAAGUCAAGAUCUUGCAUGCUAUGCAGUUAAAGAUAUGGUCAAUCAUCUCAGUCAUCCAAACAAUCCACUAGUUGUGGCAUAUUUUACUCAUGAAUCAGAAAUUCAAAUCUUCCUUGCUGCCCUAGGUGCUCGAAAGGAUCGCGAAAGACUGCGUGCAGAUAAUUACUAUUCAAUGCGGGAUCGCAAAUUCCGAGCUAGUGAAUUGACACCUUUCGCUGCUAACCUGGCAGCAGUCAAAUAUCAAUGUUCAGAUCCAAUAGAACCAGUGAAAGUAAUAUUUUUCCUCAAUGAGAAAGCGUUGAUGUUUGACUGGUGUCAAGUUGGUCUGUGUAAUUGGUCUGAAGUGACGAAGCGGUACAAACGGUAUACCGAAGAUGAUUGUGCGAAACUGUAUUGUGGGGGAAAUAUGACUCCUCCAAUGGUAAGGCCGAACUGGGUAUUAAGCAUAGUUGUUGCUGCGAUGUUAGUAUUUGUAUUAUAGCAUCUGAGGUUAUACAGGCAUAUUUCAAUAAUAAAUUUUGUGAAUUCCAAAUUGAUGUUUUUCAGAAUCUUGGUUAAUUUAAUGACAAUUUGAAUUUCUCGUUCUACAGCUAAUACUAUGUUACACAAAACAUUCGUAACAAUCAUUAAAGUUUGAAACAUCGUUCGGGAGAAAAGUAUAAUUAAGCAACAAUGUUAAUGAAAAUGCUUUAGUACGUUGUUUAGGGUGAUGACAAUCAUUCAAUAAACAAUGAAGAUCCUCUAUUCAUAAA